GAAAGUGCUCAUUUGGCAUCUACCUCUAAGGGCAGCAAUAAAAGAAAAAUUAAGGAAGCUGCAAAUUCGGGGCCUCCCAGGAAGCAUCACAAGGAAACUAAGGAAGAAACUAAGGAAUCUAGAUGCUUCUUUUGCAAAGGGACUAAUCACAAGAAAAAGAACUGCACUAAGUACCAUGCUUGGCGUGCGAAAAAGGGGUUGCCUGAGCUGCCGAAAACCAAUUGAUGGUGAAAGAUACAUCUAUGUCGGUGAUGGCAAGCGGGUUGAAGUUGAGGCUAUCGGUGUUUUUAGAUUAUUAUUAAAGACUGAUUUUUAUUUGGAUUUGAAAGAG